CGCCUACAAUAUGCGUCGCAUUGCCACUGUCGCUCGUUGAUUUCGCAUCUCCGCCCUGGAUGGUUCCUGCAUCACAUCCAACAUGAAUUUUAAUGUCCGACAGGUGCAGACGCAGCUCUUCCGGCUGACCGUCUCCACCGCUUCCCUCUGUUUCCUGCUCUUCCUCUACAUCUCCUUUGAGUGGUCGCCAUCUGCCUCCGCUGGAUAUAGUGCAUCGAAUUACGAAGAUGAUCUCGAUUCCGCCGUUCCCGCCAUCUCCGCCUGCAAUGGCUUCAACCCCGCGACGGUAGCAGAUGUUCUGGAUGAGACCCUCACCGCCAAACUGCCCAUCAAUGGCAGCGCUGUCGAUGACUUUGUCUGCAGCAUCAUGACCCACGAUAUGAGUCUGUCUGCGAAGCUGGACUGUCCUGCGACCAUCAGCCCGCGCUAUGCUGAUCUCCCGGUUCGCGCAUCCAAGAGCUUCCUUUCUAAACCUAAGAUCAAGUAUUUCUUCGCUCUGGAUCUCUAUCAAUCCGCUCACAUUAUGCUUCCCUUGAUGGGCACUAUCGUCGAGACGAUGCGCUUCCUCGGUCCCGAGUAUUGCGCUCUCUCCAUCGUCGAGGGUCGUUCCACCGACGGGACCUAUGAUAUUCUCAAUCGGUUGAAGAGCGAGAUGGCCGCCAUGGGCGUGAGAUACUAUCUCUCUACCAGCGAUCUCAACCCCAAAGCUGUAUGGGAAGACCGUAUCAAGCACCUCUCGACCCUGCGCAACCAGGCUCUUCAGCCGUUAGUCUCUGCCGGAGCGGGCAAAUUCAAGCCAUAUGCAGCGGACGCAACGAUCCUGUUCAUCAACGACGUCGUCCUCUGCGUAGAAGAUCUGCUCGAGUUGUUGUAUCAGCACCAGAAGCAGGACGCUCGCAUGACUUGUGCCUUUGACUGGAAUGCCGCCGGUGGCCCAUUCUACGACUCGUGGGUAUCGCGCAGCAUGUCUGGCAACCUCUUCUUCGAAAUCACUCAUGAUGCACGGUACUGGCUCACCAAGGAUAUGUUCUUCGAUGACCAGCCAAAUCAGCAGCGAUAUGCAAGGAAGCUGCCGGUGCAGGUCUAUUCAUGCUGGGGUGGCAUGGUCAUCCUGGAUGCGGCGCCCUUUGUUCAAAGAAAGCUUGAGUUCCGCAAUCACAAAGACGGCGAGUGCCAUAUGGGCGAGCCCACGUUGCUGGCCAAAGACAUGUGGGGCCAAGGACUGGGAAAGAUCCUGGCAGUGCCUUCAGUGAAUGUGGCGUAUGAGUACAAAGCAACUCGUGAGGCCAAGAAUGGCCAAGGAUACGUACACAAUGUUCUUGAAAGUGCAGACUACAAAGCGGGUAAGGAAAUGGUUGUGUGGGAGAAGGAGCCACCCGUUCGGAUCAAGUGCAUGCCUUUGUUCAAUCAACAAUCAUGGGUGAAGUCUACAUGAUUAUACUUUUUGUAUUUAUAUCACAUCUCUUUCAAGCCUGGAUAUAGAUAUUACUGAUACCCCUACAUGAGCCAUGCAAUAUCUGAAGUUCCCAUUUCCUCGCAAUUAU